AUGUCGAACCUACCAGAAGACGUUGGCUCAAUCUUUGAGGAGCUCGGUGAUCUGGAGAGGGAAUUCGCAGACGUUGAACUCGAUGCUCUCCGAAGAAAAGAGCACUCGCUCAAACCCCUAUACGCAAAGCGCAAGACCCUCCUCGAAGGGCUUCCCGACUUCUGGCCCACGGUCCUGGGCAAUGGCCCGGAGGAAAUCCAGCAAUUCUUCUAUCCUGCCGACCUUGAACUGGUCUCAUGCAUCAAAUCCUUCACAGUAGAGCGGUAUCAGAUCAAGUCGGAAACAGAAGGCGAGCCCCGCAGUCUGCGCUUCACCAUCGAAUUCGACGAGAAUGAGAUCAUCGAGGACACAAAGUUGGUGAAGGACUUCGAGUACAAGCCACGUGAGGACGGUCCAGGCAGCCUGGUGUCAAAGCCUGUCGCGAUCAAGUGGAAGGGAAAGAAGAAGGAUGUGACACAUGGUCUUCUCGACGCUGCAGUUGAGCUUCAGGCCGCAGAGGAAGCCCUCAAGCUGAAGGAUGGCAAGUCGGAGGUGGAGAUCGUUGAUCGUGAAGCACUCUGGCAGCAUGAGAAGCUGCGGGAGAAGAUGGUCAAGCUUGACGAAGAUGAAGAGCUUGAACCCAGCUUCUUCAACUGGUUUGGUUUCCGUGGCGCUGUCGAUGCGCCCAAAGCACCAAAGAAGGCUGCAGAGAAUGGUUCGAACGGCGCCGAAGAGGAGGAUGACGAAGAUGAUGAUGACGAGUUCGACCAAAUGCUGGAAGUCGAGAUCUUUCCUGCUGGUGAAGAAAUCGCAAUCACCCUGGCUGAAGAGCUUUGGCCCGAUGCCAUGGAUUAUUUCAUGUCUGCCCAAGACGAAGCGCCGGACUUCGAUGACCUCGACGAAGAAGACGAGGACGAGGAUGAUGAUGCUCCAGAACUGGUGAUCUCCGAGGACGUGCUUGCCGAGAAGGUGCUCGAAGAGCAGUCAAGGCCCAGCAAGCGACAGCGCAAGGCUUAG